AAUAAGAAGAAACAAAUAUUUUGCUAAUAAAUUGCAUAAUUUAUUUUUGUUAUUAUGAUUAAAAAGGUGUAUUUUAUUAUGUUAAUAAUUUGUGUUAAAAAAUUUAAGAUAAUCUGAUAAUAGUAAUAAUUUUUCUGUGUUUCAAAACGUUAUUAGUUAUGGAAUUUAUUUUUGUAUUGAAGUCCUUCCUAUAUUAGAUAAAGUUGUGCAGUGGUUAAAAUGUAGUUUUGUUUUGAAAAAAGUUAUUACGAAAAGCGUUUGGAAAAGCAAAAAAAACUAAUCAUACAAUCUUAAUACUUAGUAGAAUAUUAUAGUAAAACAAUUAAAAAAUGUCUGGUUACAAAUGUGUUAAUUACUACGAUUUGUGUCGUCUAUGCACAACAAGUAGUGGAUCGAGAAUAAAUAUAUUUUCGGAAGAAGGUAGAAAAAAAAAUAUGUCACAAAAAAUUUCAGAAUGUUUGCCAGUAGUGGUAGAUGAAAAAGAUAAUUUGCCAAAAAUUAUAUGUGAAACCUGUAUAGCACAAGUGGAAUCAAUAUCUGAAUUUCGUACCGUUUGUUUAAAUUCCCAAGCAAUGUUAGAAGGUUGUAUUAACACGGCCACCUUACAGAAUGGCGGCAAAAUUUAUAUAAAAGAAGGCGGAAUGACAUUGAAAAACAUAUCAGUAACAUCUACCAAUACUGUAACUAAUCAAACUGGCACAAUUAAUCAGACAAACUCAGAUUUCUUGAGUUCAAUUAUCCAAGCAGUGGGCAUCCAAAAUGAGGAUAUUCAAGAUACAAAACCAUCAACGCUUCCACAAUACACCAUAACGUUAGAUGGAAAAACCUUGUCAAAUGAAAUUGAAUACAAGGUUCAAGAAGUCCCAAUUACAAAUGUUCAACCUCAACAAACUCAACAACAACAAGCAACAGAUAAUUCAGAAAAAUUUUUUAAAAACAAUUCACUGGCUGAAUUUUUAAAAAUGAAACCCAAUAUCCGGGUCACACCCGUGAAAAAGAAACAACAGGUUCAAUUGCAACAAACUUCUGUACCAGCAGCAAAGUAUCCGAAAUUGGAGAUACAGCAUACAGAGGCUCAGCAAGUAGCUGUACAAACUGAUGUAGUGAAAAAGACUAAUACUGUUAUGAAAACAAAAAAGCAAAAAUACAAUUUAAUAUUAACUUCACCAACAUCUAAACAACAACAAACCGCACCACAGAUUAUUACGCAACAGCAAAUUGUUCCAACCCAGCAAGUUCAACAAUUACAUUUUAAUCCACAAAAUACAACGGCACUAGUGCCAACAUCUACGGUGCAGUCGACUAUUCCCACUAAAUCCUUAGCAGUCCCAGAUUGGAAGCUAGUUUCAGCUCCAAGUUCAAAGUGUUUUUUACCUUUAACCAUUAAGGAUAGUAGUAAUAACGAUCAACAAAUUGUGGCUCAAAUUGAUACAAAAAAUUUAAUUUUGCCAGCGACAUAUCAACUGCAAAUGAAGCUCCAACCUCAGUUAACCAUUGAUGGGCAACAGAUAGUGCAAUUAGCUCCCGCAGCCAUACCUGCAACUAUUUCUUUAGCACCAUCUCAAUCAGUAACACAGACAUUUCAAGACCAUCAAAUUGUGUCAUCAACCGGGAUCGAUGCUGCAACAUCUACUAGUGAAUCUGAAAUAAUGUUAAAUGCAAACCAAAUAACAAAUAAUCAACAACAAAAUUUAAAUAUGCAAUCUUCAAAUAUAAAUUUGCAACAAAUUCAGUCAAUACAAAAUGCAGCGGUGUCUUUACCACAAUUACAAAUAAAAAAUAUUGCGGGAACGGCUGCAUUAACGAAUAACGUUAACCAGCAGGUCACCCCACAAAAAUUAUUCAAUAAUAGUAUUACAAUCCACCGCAUAACAAACGCAGCUACUACACUACAGCAAAAUAAAACACAACAACAACAAUCACUUCAGCAAAACCAGAUACAGCCCAUUCAACAAAAGCAAGUUCAACAACAAUGCUCUCAGCAAAAACAAGUGCAGCAACAAUGCGUUCAACAAAAACCUGUUCAACAACAAUGCGUUCAACAAAAGCAAGUUCAACAGCAAUGUAUCCAACAAAAGCAAGUUCAACAACAAUGUAUUCAACAAAAACAGCCCGUUCAGCAGCAGUCUUCUCAAAAUCAGGUCAGUCAGUCAACGACACAAGUUCAGUAUUUAACCACCUCUGGAUCCACCAAGCUGAAACCAGUAAAGCUUAUCCGCACCACAAAGUUGACACCUGCUCAGGCAAAGCAGGUAGCCGCUCAGCAAAUUGCAAAUAAAAAAGUUACUCUAGUAAGUAAUCAAACUAUUCAAAAAUUGCAGCAAAAUACAAUAACAACUCAGAAAUUACCAGUUCGACGACCUCAGCCUACAAAUAUAACUCAACCCCCAUCAUUAGCAACGCUUACAGUAACACAACGACAACAAGAACAAUCACAGCAUAUACUACUGAAACAACCCCCCCAACAGCAACACCAAUCACAGAAUCAACAGCAAUUACAACAACAGCAAGUACAACAGCAGCAACCACAACAACAGCAAUCUUUACCAGUACAAAGACAAAAUAAUGUUGUAAAAAAAACAUUACCAGUUAAAACUUCAAAUCCAGCGCUUGCUCAUACAACUCCAUCAGCAGCUGCAGCUUUAGCGACUGUUAACCCCGUAACCAAUUUACUUGAAUGUUCCGUUUGUUCUCGAGGGUUUAAGAAAAAAGAACACCUUGCUCAACAUAUGAAAUUGCACGCAGGAUUACGACCUUUUAAGUGUAGUGAACCUGGGUGUACGAAGGCAUUUAGUAGAAAAGAACAUUUGAUGCGGCAUAUUGUGUCACAUACUGGUAAAAAAAUGUUUUGUUGUGAUAUGUGUCAAAAAUUCUUCUCCCGUAAGGAUAAUUUAAAUAAACACAAAAGAACACAUUCCGAACAAUCUUCAAACUCGAGGAACCAAUUUGUAUGUAAUGUAUGUUAUAAAAGUUUUGUUGUGAAGAUGUAUUAUCUUCAACACAAAUUAUUACAUGUAAAUAAUGAACAACAACAGACAGAUGGUAAUUCAAAGUUCGAGCAAAAGAAUGAAGACACCACAACAACAAAUUCGGGAACAAUAACAACAAAUUCUGAUAAAUUUAAUGUAAAUACUACAACCCAAAUAAAUAAUAAUACUGGAGAAUUAAAUAGUCAAAUAAAAUUAGAAACACGACAGGAACUUCAACAAAAGAAUCAACCUCAAUUGGUUCAAUUACAGUUACCAGUAGCAACUUCAAAUGAUUUUAACGGUGGCACGAUAACAAUUAGUCAAGCUGAUGGUACUACAACAACAGUUUUGAAAACACUAGCUAAUCAUGAUGCAACAGUUUUAAAUUUACCAACAAGUUUAGCAAAUUACAUGCAAUUAAACUCGGCUCAAUUUAUAACAACAUCGGGUGAAAUAGUGGGGCACAUCAAAAUUGAGAAAUAGCUUUGUGUUUUAGAAUCAAAAUAUUGUAAUAUAUAAUUAUCGGAAACUUUUUUAAUAUUUAAAUUAUAAAUAUUAAUUUCGCUGAUUUUAUUAUAUAUAUAUUUUUUAAUAAUUUUUAUAAUUUAUUUAUUUAUUUUACUUUUAAUUUCUUUUUCUGUCACUUUUUUAAUUGGCCAAAAACUUGUAGUCAAACUAUUUUAACUUGUGUUUUAAAUUUUUCAAAUUCAUUCAAAAGAAAUUUGUUUGAAACUGAACUUGUUUUUAACCUAUAUAUUAAUAUUUUCUCGUUUACAACUUAGUGAUUUUCUUUUUUUUUAUUACUUAAAGUUUUUUUAAAUGAUGAAAAAAAAGUCUACAAAAAUGUGGUACCUACUGUUCUAUUUAUAUUCAUUCGUUGUGAAAAACGACCUUAAAUGUUGAAAAACGCUUUAGAAAACAGAAAAGCAUUCUACAAUAUCAUGUACAUAUUUUUAAGCAAAAAAGAUAAAACUUAAAAAAUCAUAAACUAGUCGAAAAGUUGAAAUAAAAGUUAGUAUACAUAUUAUGUAAGUUACAUUUUAAUUUUAAAAGUAGAAUUGCAAAAUAAUUUUUAAAUUUCUUACUUUUUUUUAAGUUUCUAAUAAAAUCAGUGUUAUUAAA